AGCUGAGCUUGAAUGCAAUAAGGCUGAUAAGCCACUUAAUCAGCACUUCCCCAAAUGUUCUGCAAGUAGUUCAUCUUUCUGUCCAUCAGACGGUCACAGUUCUCUUUCUCACGGACAGUGCAGAUCGGAUUGGCUGAUGGACAUGAGGUCUCUGCUGAUACUUUCAGUGUUGUUGGCUCUCAUAAAGGAAUACGAGGGACAGACACCAAGAGUGACUCUCCUGCCGAAGUUCCCACAGGUGUUUGUUGGAGAUGACGUCACUCUGGUCUGUAACCACAAAAAGGAGAUUAAACCAACAAAAUGGUUUAUUAAUGGAGGACAACAAACACAUGAGAAUUAUUCAAUGCUUCUUACCGCAGUGACACCAAAAAACAACGGGGAGUAUCAGUGUGAGCAGGACGGAUCGAAGAGUGACCCGUACACACUCACUGUACUGGAGCUGGAGCCUCACGCUCAGCUCUCUCCAUCUAUAGGAGGUGCUGUGAUGACCAAUGGAGAUGGGAGAAACCUGGUGCUGCAGACGGACGAUGAUCUGAAGGACUGGGCUUGUUUUGUGUUGAGGGGAGAGAGCGGCUUCGCUCUAGGAGUCGAUGUUGAUGAGAAGGCGAAGAGAGGAGUUAUAUUUGCAGAAUUAAAGGAGGCAGAAAGAGCCACUUUCUGGUGCAAGAAAAAGAAAACAGAACUCCGAAGCAAUGCAGUGACGCUGAAAAAGACAGAGCUCAUGGUGAUGUUGGUUCCUCCAGCUGUUCCUGCGCUGCAGGGGGAGACUGUGGCUCUCAGGUGUGUAGUCUGGGGUGGACCGAAACUGGAAAGUGCCGUCUUCUAUAAGGAUCAAACAAAACUCAAGAGCUCACCUGAAGACACAUACACCAUCACCAACGCCACACCAGAUGACAACGGCAAGUACAGCUGCCGCGCCACCUACAGGUUCAGCCACAUCAGUGCAGAAGCUGCACGGCGGGAAGGAGAUUCUGAUGCCCAGGAGUUAAAAGUUAUAGAUGGGUCUCCUGUUGCCGUGAUUUCAGAGUCUGGUAAGACUCUAACAUGUUCCUGCCUUCGCUGUCAUCCUGAAUGCAAUCUUGAAACUCACACCCCUUACCUCUGGUAUCACACACCCCUUAAUGACCCAUAUGAACGCAGUAAAAUAUUUGAAAACAACAGUUCUAUUACUGUAGAUAAGGAAGACGGACUGUACAGCUGCCGGGUGGACUGUGGGAAAGGUUUCUCUCGUCUCAGCAACAUCUACAGAUACAAAGUGGAGUUCGGAGGCCUGCUGUACAUACUGAUCGGGCUGGCAGUACUGAUUAUUCUCACAGUACUGAUUGUGUGGAUUCUGAAGCGCAGAAUAUGUGGAGGAACUAAUGUGCAAGCGUCUGGACGGGGUAAAGAUAUAGACACGCAUGACAUGAGUGUACGCUUUGAGCAAAAGGAGGAUUUAUAAGGUCUUGACAGUGGAGGAAAAUCCAUAUGAAGAACCGAAGGCCGAGAAACAGGAGACAAAACAGACAAGCAAAGAGAAGGAAUGAGGGAAUCUGGAAAAAAGCACCACAAUAAUGUUAACCAAUAGUCAAAUAGCUGCUUUAGUCAUUAACGGCCUUUCUAUAAACUUGCAGAUCAUUAACAGCAGUUUUUGUUGGUUUGUAUUACUGUAUUAAAGGUUGCACUGAAAAUAUCAAUUAAUAAUUAAUGUGAAAAAGAAGCGCCACCAUUGGAAUAUGUAAAGAUUUGUUUCAAAUGUUCAUGAUUUCUUCACAGAUUUGGAGAAAUGUAGCAUUCCAUCACUUGCUCAUCAAUGGAUCCUCUGCAGUGAAUGGGUGCCGUCAGAGUCCAAACAGCUGAUAAAAACAUCAAAAUAAUCCACAAGUAAUCCACAUCACUCCAGUCCAUCAGUUAACAUCUUGAGAAGCCAAAAGCUAUGUGUUUAUACAAAAAAUAUGAGUCCAUAAUCCAUAAUAACGCUUACUCCAGUGAAAAAGCCAUUUGAUUGGAAUCAGGUGAGAAAUCUGCACAGAUCAAACACCGUUUACAAGCAAAAAGAGUCCAGAACAGUUCUAAACAAAUAUGUGGCUGGACUUUGAUGUGAGAGACAACAGAAGAUGGACUUUUUUAUUAUGGAUUAUGGACUUUUUGCCAGAACUGAUUGUUUGAAGUCAAAAACGUCUUAAUAAUGGAUUUGUUUCUAACAAACACACCAAUUUUCGCUUCACAGGAUGUUGAAUUGAUGGGCUGGAGAGGAGUGGAUUACUUGUGGAUUAUUGUGAUGUUUUUAUCAGCUGUUUGGACUCUCAUUCUGACGGCACCCAUUCACUGCAGAGGAUCCACUGGUGAGCAAGUGAUGCAAUGCUACAUUUCUCCAAAUCUGAUGAAGAAACUAACUCAUCUACAUCUUGGAUGGCCUGGAGGUGAAAACAUUUUUGGCAAAUUUUAAUUUCUGGACAAACUAUACCUUUAAGAAGCUGAACACAAUCUUCAGUCUCCAAUUUGAAUGUGAAUAUGUGCAUGAAGUUAUAGUUACAUAUUGCACAAAUUAUCAUGAGUUUAUCUGUGAGGCUGAGGAGCGCUGACACCAUUAAACAACAUUAGUACUUUUUACUAACUACUUCCUAGCUAGUGUCAGCCUCCUUCAGCUGUAAAUGCAUAUGCACAGGAGUCUAUUUGCACUGUUUUAACACUUCCUCAUGUUUAUUUUCAGAUCUUAAUUUUAGUAGUGUUUUUAUGUGAUGCUGUUUUGCAUAUUGUUUUUAUCAAGCACUUUAAGAACUUGUACUGACAAUAAAAAGCAAUGCAUUUUCAGC